UAAGCGUUGAAUAAUUUUAAGCCGUUUUUCGCAUCGCUACUCCCUCCUGCAUACGUCAUCAAUUUAUGACAUCAAGUUUGCUGGAAAUUUUGAUUUGUUAAAAAAAUAAUCCGAAAACGGGAAGCAUUCAUAAAUACAUACAUGUGGAUGUCAAUUUCAAAUAGACAAAAUGUACUGCUAAUUUAACUAUAGCGAGAGGAAAAACUGAAUUUAAAAUGAGCUAUUUGCGCUAUUUCACAGACAUAAUAUAUGUAGCCCUAUUUUUUUCAAAUAUUCCAACUUUCCAUGCUCGCAGAGUUCAAUAUCAAGACUAUUAUGGAAAUAAUUAUAACCAAAAUUUGGGGUUGGAAUCCAUGAUUAACACAGCCCUUGGAAAGCUUGACCAUUCUUUGCAGUGGAUGAAAGAAUGGCCAGAGCCUGUCAAAUUAGGGCAAGUAUCAGGAGUAGCCCUAGAUGGAGCCAGUCAUGUCUUAGUGUUUCAUCGUGCCACAAAUGUUUGGGAUGCCACAACUUUUUCUGAACGGAAUGUUUACCAAUCUAUAGGGGAACCCCCUAUAUCACAGCCAACCAUUCUAGUUUUUAAUGAAACUGGUGAACUGAUUGAUAUGUGGGGAAAAAACCUUUUCUACAUACCACAUGGAAUCACUGUUGAUAGCAAUGGAAAUGUUUGGGUAACAGAUGUAGCACUUCAUCAAGUAUUUAAAUUCACACCUGACCAAAAAGACAAGCCAGCUCUAGUGUUAGGUGAAAAGUUUAUACCAGGCAAUGAUGAUGAACACUUCUGCAAGCCAACCUCAGUAGCAGUAAUGGCCAAUGGGGACUUUUUUGUGGCAGAUGGAUACUGUAACCAUAGGAUACUAAAGUUCUCUCCACAGGGGGAGAUCAUUCUGCAGUGGGGUAAAGCGCACGGCCUCGACCAUUUCUCACUGAACGUUCCGCACGCGUUGACGCUGGCGGAGGACCGCGGGACAGUGUGCGUGGCUGACAGGGAACGCGGCCGCGUGGCGUGCUUCCGAGCGGAUAACGGAACGUACGCUCACUCGUAUGCGCACGAACUGAUCGGCUCGCGGCUGUUCAGCGUCGCCUACUCGCCCGCGCUGGGCGGGCGUCUGUACGUGGUGAACGGCCCGUACGGCACAGUGCCGGUGCCGGUACGCGGGUACGUGAUCGAGUACGACUCCGGCCGACUAGUCGGCACUUUCGCGCCGGACGGCGGUUUACGGAACCCGCACGACGUUGCCGUAUCGCCGGACGGACGGGACGUGUACGUGGUCGAACUGGACCCGUACAAAGUGCGCAAGUUCGUCAAUGCCACCGUGAGGGAGGAUCAAGAUAGGAGCAACGUGUCGGUGGUCGUCAAACCGACCGCCACUGUAGAAGGCGCCCAGUCAGUAGUUGCGGGUUUGGAGGGCAGCGUCGUACCGGGCGGGGUGGGGCAGGCAGGCGACGCGCCCGCGUGGUGGUGGUGGGGCGCGGGCGGGGCAGUCGGCUGCGCGGGCGCCGCCCUACUGGCACUCGCCGCCGCCGCCUUACUGCGCGCGCGGAACCACGGUGAGCGCGCCCCCGACACCGCCACACUACUGCCGCACCCACACCGGUAGACACACACGCACACAUCACACUCGCCGCCGCCGCCUUACUGCGCGCGCGGAACCACGGUGAGCGCGCCCCCGACACCGCCACACUACUGCCGCACCCACACCGGUAG